AUGUCCGAUCCGACGAGUGCGUCGCUGAGCCGACCGCGCCGAUGCUCUCCAGCGAUACUGACCCACCUACCCCACCUCCCGCAGUCCGAAUCUUCCCCCCUGGAGCUCCUCCCGCCGCGGCGUCGAACCGGUUCGCGGCGUUGAUUCCUUCGCAGUCGAUCGCGGUCGUGUCGUCCUUUACUCUCGAGUCUGGCGUUACUCUGGAACAGGUCCCUGUUGGUUUCAGGACAUGGGGAAAACUGAAUGCCGAGUGGGUCGUUCUCUCUGGCUCUGUGGGGCUGUGAUUGCCUCGACCGGCGAGCAUUGUCGAGUCAACGAGGAGCUAGGCUCGCUGAGCUGCAGUGUCCCCGCGGUAUCCUGACUCUGAACGAUUCGUAUCUUGCAGGAAGGACAAUGUCAUGAUCCUCUGCCAUGCUCUGACCGGCAGCAGUGAUGUCGAAGACUGGUAUGGUAUCCGCUGCAACAUGUUUCCUCGACGCUCUCCUCUCGACCGGUGGAAACCCCUCAAGCCCAGCACUAACGUGCCACGAGGACUCUCUUUACAGGUGGGGACCUCUGCUCGGUCCGAAUCUCGCCUUCGACCCCACACGCUACUUCAUCUUUUGCGCCAACGUCCUCGGAUCUCCUUACGGCACGGCCUCCCCUACGACCAAGAACCCCCACCGCGACGACGGAGGGAGAUGGGGCCCCGAAUUCCCCGCAACCGUGGUACGCGACGACGUGCGCCUGCAAAAAUUGCUUUUGGACCAUUUGGGUGUCGCUCGUGUUUCGGUCGUCAUUGGCGGUUCGAUGGGGGGUAUGCAGUGCCUCGAAUGGCCGUUGUGUACCCCACCGGGUUACGUCUCCAAUAUUUGUCCCGUCGCGACGAGCGCUCGUCAUUCCGCUUGGGGCAUCUCCUGGGGUGAGGCGCAACGGCAAAGCAUCUACUCGGACCCCGAUUACCAAGCGGGCUGGUACGCCGAGGAUGGGGAAGGUCCUGAGAGGGGUUUAGCAGCAGCGAGGAUGGCCGCGUUGUUGACCUAUCGAUCGCGCGAUUCAUUCGAGUCUCGCUUCGGGAGGAAGGAGAACCCCUCCACGCCUAGGGAGGGCUCACCCAAGAUCGAUGGGGCGAGCGGUUUGGGAAGGGGCAAAAUCACGGAUGCUUGGGGGACGCCGAGAACGCAGGCUGAAAGAGCUGAAGCGGCGCAUAACGAUGGGCAUCGUCCGACGGUUGCGACCAGGCCGGCGUCACCUACUUCGAGAUCACCUUCGACGAUGGGACCUCGGACGAAAGGCGGAGACUUGCCCUUGACUGAAUCGGGCGAGCCUUUGCCUCCUCCUUCGCCACCUCCGAUCUUCAGCGCCCAAUCCUACCUCCGUUACCAAGGCGACAAGUUCGUGCGUCGGUUCGACGCCAACUGCUACAUCCACCUCACGCGCAAAAUGGACGCCCAUGACGUAGGCCGAGGUCGACCCUCCAACCCACCACCCUUGUCGCUCGCUCCACCAGGAGCUCUCGUGAUCGCCAUCUCGACCGAUGGGCUCUUCACCCUUUCCGAACAACAAGAGCUCGCCUCAGCACUCCCCGAAGCCGAUCUCAUCGUCGUCGAUUCCCCCGAUGGGCAUGAUGGGUUCUUGCUCGAGUUUGAACAGAUCAAUAGCCACAUUUCGAGGUUCCUCAAGUUGCGUUUGCCGGAGAUUUACGAGCGUGAACCUAUUGCACCUGUCGAUGAAACCGAGGGCGCAAAUGGAUCAAACGGGUUCCAGGUGCAACAUACAUCUUUGUUUGGCGAGGCUGAGGCCGGUGAUAUCACGAGGUGGUAG